GCACUUGAAAGAACUGAACGAUCAUAUCUAGUUUUUUUCGCUGGCUCAUGAUUGAAGUUGUCAUCAUUGAGAUAAGCUACUUUGUUGAUAUUGGUGUGGAGGUUAAGUCAAGAGGGUUGAAGUCUAGAUAUUCUAGAUAAUAACAACAAAGUCCAUUUUCAGGGAUGUAUAUAAGUAAAUGUUUGUUAUAGUAAAUUAAAGUUCGUUCAUGCAUAGCCUAAGAAAGCAAACGAUGAUUUUCAUUCCGUCAAUCUUGUUCAUUGUCGUUGGCCUCGUGGCCGGCGGAGAUGUCCCCAAGUUCAGCGAUGCGUACACCGUCAAGGGAACCCUCUUCAUCCCGUACGCCGAGAUCCGAGAGCCGUUCUUCGCGUACUACGACCUGGACCGAGGGGCGAGCCGCAUCGACUACUACGGAGACAUGGUGCAGACGUACCAGCUGGCGAAGGAGGGGGAGUACGGCUCCAGCAUCAAGGUGGUGCCGCUGACCACGGAGAAGGAGGCGAACGUCAGGACGUGUCUGCAGAUCAACGGGACCGUCAACAACACCGUGGACAUGCAGUCCAUCCUGCCCAACAUCAGCAGCUUCGAGAGAGUGGGGAGAGAGGACGUGAACGGACUGGACUGCGAGAAGUGGCGGUUGGUCGACACGAAAGGAGAGAAGGUCAACAAGUACACGCUGUGGCUUCGUUACAAGCGGUCGAUGAAGGACCCGUUCGUGGAGGAGCCAAUCCCGGUGCGGUACGAGAUGCAGGGCUACAACACGCUGCUGGGCUCCCACUACGACCACUACUACCUGGAGUACGAGUGGUUCACGCCCGGCAAGCCCGACCCGGAGGUGUUCAGCAUCGAGGCCAACCUGACGUGCACGGACUACCCCGGCCCUGGCGACCAGCACGUGUACACCUUCAACCCCAUGAGGGAGUUCGUGCACGGAUACGACGCCCACGUGGACGCGGCCUUCGACGACUUCACGGCCGCGCACGGCAAGGACUACGCCGACGCGAAGGAGCACGGCUCCAGGAAGGAGAUCUUCCGGCAGAACGUCAGGUUCAUCCACUCGACGAACCGCGCGGGGCUGCCCUACCAGCUGUCGGUGAACCACCUGGCGGACCGCAGCGAGCUGGAGCUGAAGGCGCUCCGCGGCAAGCAGUACUCCCCGAGGGUGCUGUACAACGGCGGCCAGCCCUUCCCCUACAACUCCUCCGAGGUCGGCGGCCUGCCGGAGUCCGUCGACUGGAGGCUGGUCGGAGCCGUCACCCCGGUCAAAGACCAGUCGGUGUGUGGCUCGUGCUGGAGCUUCGGCACGACGGGCGCCGUGGAGGGCGCCUACUUCCUGAAGCACGGCCGGCUGGUGCGUCUGUCGCAGCAGGCGCUGAUAGACUGCAGCUGGGGCUACGGCAACAACGGCUGUGACGGCGGGGAGGACUACCGCUCCUACCACUGGAUCCAGAAGCACGGGGGCCUGCCCCUGGAGGACGAGUACGGCGGCUACCUGGGCCAGGACGGGUAUUGCCACGUGAACCAAGUGAACAAGACUGCUCCCAUCACUGGCUUCGUGAACGUCACGUCUGGAGACGCCAACGCUCUGAAGAUCGCAGUCUCCAAGCACGGGCCUAUCUCCAUAUCCAUCGACGCGUUCCACAAGACCUUCUCCUUCUACUCCAAUGGAAUAUACUACGAAAAGAAAUGUGGCAACAAGGUGGAGGAGCUGGACCACUCGGUGCUGCUGGUUGGCUACGGCAGCUUGGGGGGCGAGCCCUACUGGCUCGUGAAGAACUCGUGGUCCAACUACUGGGGCAACGACGGCUACGUGCUGAUGUCGCCGUGGGACAACAACUGUGGAGUUGCCACUGCCCCCACCUACGUCACCAUGUAGACCCGCCCGGUCACUUCAAACCUCAAGAGAUGAUCUUAAUUGUAACUCCUAGGUCGCAGUAAUGGAAAUAAACAGCAAAUUACAGCUACUAUCUCCGAUACACAUUUACUUCUUGCCAGAACAAUCAAUUAUUAUAUAAGCCCACAUGAAAUCAUUUUUUUUGUAAGUAUUGUGAUAAGUGGAGUGCAAUAGAAAUUGCACUCUUAGGACAAUAGUGAAGCUGGUGACAUAUUUAUUCUUUUUGCAUCUGUGUACACAUGAAAAUAAAAAGAUUGUAAAAAAUUUCCUAAUUUCAGAUUUCUGUAAAUCAGCAUACAGACACCCUGGAUAUGCUUCACUCUCAAAUCAUAUGAGAUAUACAUCUUGAAAAGGUAAAUUUUAGUGAUGUGCGAGUCUCGGCAUCAUCGAGAACGAGUCGAGACAGAAAUUUUCUCGAUCUCGUCUCGAGAUAAUUUUUUUGGCUCGGAAUUUUCGAGAAUUUUGUAAACAAGAAAUAGGUUAGGUAACAUAAUAUAUUGAGGCAGCAUUUUGCGUUGCGUGUUGAAAUAAUUAACAUAUCUUCAACGUAACGUAGAUCGAAAAAAAUAAAAUAUACUUGUUACGAUAGUAUACACGAUAAAUUAUUAAAAAGUUAAAAACAAACAACUUCCGUUCACAAGUCACUACAUGAAACGGUAAACGUAAACAAUGAAUUGUGCUGUGGUUAUCACAUUAAAUUACAGAAGAAAAUGAUUAUUUUCCGUUAAUAAAACCAACAUUAAAGUUAAAAAUAAAUCAUUUUCGGUAUCAAUAUCAAGUAUCAACGUAAAACGGUACGGUAAAAAAUAAAAAUAUAAACAAGACUGCAGAAUUCUUCCGCGAUUGCAUUUUGUUUUAUGGCCUUAGGUUAUACACACGGCCAGCAGUAUAUAACAAGCAACAUGAUAUUUAAAUUGCGGUCCAUAUCGAUAGUGACAUAUCGAUAGUGGUGAAUGUUCAGACUUUUAUGAUCAAGUACCGUCCAUGGCUCAAGGAAACUGUAUAGACUAUGGAGUCAAUAACGUAUGUUUACAUACGACAGUAGGCAAAUAAACUGUUGAGUGUAAAGGUAAAGUUGUAAUUGCAAUUGCAAUUGUGGAUACUUGAUAAAAUUAUUGAAUAAUUAUGUAUGUUUGUCAGAUUAUUGAGUUUUACUUUUUUGGAUCAUAUUAUCCUGUUAACUAAAGUACAGAUUUCUCGAUCUCGACUCGAUUCUCGAGAAUUUUUAAAUUGCUUUCUCGAUCUCGUCUCGAAUUCAAAAAAGUCUUUCUCGCACAUGCCUAGUAAAUUUAUGUUAUUCGCGUGAAAUACUCAAUUAUUAUAGACUUCGUAAGCAGCAAGCGUGAAAGAAUUUUACUGAUAAUGUUAAUAAAUUUGCACUACUUAUGUUUAGAUAUUGCACAUGUUUAUCGCUGGUGACAAGCAAUUAAAAAUGUAUUUUAUACGAGAUCUGAUUUCAACAUUAAUUUUAAUAUGUAGUUGAGCUGAAAAUAGAAAAAGCUUUGAAACUUAUAUUAAUUUCGUGAAAGUUAAGUGUAUUGUUUUAUUAUUUGGUAUAUUAUUAGAGUAACAUGCAUUAAUUAAAAAUCAAAUCUAAGACCUUUAAAUAAAAUUAUUUAAUAGUAAAUUGUGCCUGGUGAGGUAGAUUGCAAUAGAAAAUUGUAGUUAAUGAAAUAUAGUAUCAUGUUUGUGUGAAGAAACAUUAUUGUAUUGGAAUAUUGUAUGAAUUUUUUUUUGUGAGUAGAGUGUUUGUACGAACAAAGAAUGUUUGCACAGUUUACCUAUUCAGGGUAUGGCGUACUGCAAUGUAAUAUCUUCCGACUGUCUAUAAUUGUUGUUUACGAACUAAUGCUGUGAUAUUAUAUAGUGAAUAUAAAAGUGUUACUUUGUGGGACGUCACCUACAUAUGGGCAUAUUUAGUGUUUUGUAAAUAGCUCUACUCAGAUAUUCCUAAAAGCAAUAGAAAGGUUUGGCGUGGAACAUGUAUUGCAUUGUAACUUGUAUGUUAAUAAUAAAAUUAUGUGUGUCUUGGUAUUGUAGAACGUGUUCAUAAAUAAAACAUGACCAACAAAA